CUCGCAUACGGUCAAGCCAUCGCGAAAAGGCGAAGCUGAACGUCGACGAGGCAUAAGCUCCGAGGCGAUGCCUUCAGAAAAGCCACGGCAUCGAAGCACCGCCACCGUCCGUACAAUUUUAUCCCCACAACCAACCGAGCCUUCAAAAAGGGGACGACCCCAACGGACGCCGAACCACGAGCUCCGCCCACGAGCACAAUGGCUCCCUCCACAAGGGUCGCCGGCUCGCCGCCCUGCAUCCGGACACCCGAGAGCCCAGAUCCCAUCCAUGAGCACGACCUUGCAUUGAUCGGCGUGGCCCGAGCAUCGAUGGCGCCGCCAACAACCGGCUUGACCAAAAUCGACGCCUGAUCUGGUACUGGAACCAAGGGACACCAGGCCGAGGAAAGGGAGAGGAUAGGGAGUGGACGACGUCCACGACCGGCGCCCCCUGAAUCGGCGGACCAGCUAUUCAUACCUGCGGCGUUUUCCGCUCCAUGUUUUUGCUCUUUCUUCCUUAAGUUCCCACCUUCGCUUCUCUGUAUCGCGUCUUGAGAUUCCGUCUUCCCUUCUUUGCUUGCUGCCGCCGCCGCCCCCUGAUAAUGCAAUUCGAGUCGGGAUCCGCCAAGAACUCGAUCGGACAUUGGUUCCUCUCCGACUCAGUUUGAAUCGGGAUCGAUCCUCCAAGAACUCCUGCCGUUGUCGCUUUGUAUAUAUUUGUAUAAAUAACGAGCGUGCUUGUCGCCUUCCCCUGCACGAGCUGAACUGACCGGAGUUGGCAGAUAAAUCAUUUCAUUGAAGAAGUGAAGCAGCAUGUCCCUUGUCAGUCGGGUGCCUAUGGAUCUACCGUCUGACCACGAUGCUGAUGACCAGGUCAAUUGUUUGGAUUCCUGUGAAGCAACAAAGAAGCUGCUGGCAACGGCAAGUGCCAUCAAGGAUCUCCGCCUCAUCUUCUACCUUGCAGACUCAUCUCACCUGCACAACAUUGGGCAGGCUGUUGGCAAUGUCGUCCAGAGUGGGAACAUAGAGUUUCUUGAGUUCAGCAUAUGGCCUGAGAUCAGAGGUACUAUAUGCACCGACGAACACCUGAUGACGUUUGGCCGGCGCUUGAUGUCUUUCUUAGAUGCCUGCCCCAAUACAUUCAGAUGGCUUAACAGCAUCAUCCUGCGUAAUCUUCAAUUUGGUGAAGCAGACAUGCCAACCAUAUUGAACACAUGCGAGAAGCUGCAGGCUCUGACCCUGCACUCGUGUCAGGUGAGCCAGCUAGAUUCUGUACUGAAGAUGGAUGCACCUAGCUCCCAGCUAAUUGCACUAAAUUUUAUAAAAUGCUACUUUGAACAUGUUGAGUUGGUCUGUCUCCCUCAGUUGGCUAGUCUGGUCUAUGAUACCUGGUUGUCUGUUGACCCUCCAGUGCGAUUUGGCUAUGUCCCACGGCUCCAUUACAUAAGAGUUGCCUCCGCUCUAUUGUUUUGGCAGACACCAUUCACAUUGAGUGGGUGUUUAUCUAACGCCAGGAACCUUACAAUUCUUCAUUUGGAUUUCCAUGAUGAAAUGGUUUGGUUUCAACCUGAACAUCCUAAAAAGCUUGUUCCUGUAUUCAGUAAUUUAAAAGUUGUAUAUCUGUAUAAUAUUUUUGCUGACUGUGACCUUAAGUGGACUUUAUUAUUUCUUGAAGCCGCGCCUUCCCUCGAUAGCUUUUAUGUCAAGAUAUCACGUCAUAUGUGUGGACGAUACAAGCAUGCAUGUAUUGAUAAUGCUAAAAAGACUAACGUGCUGUGGGAACCAUCAGAUUUCAAGCAUUACAAUUUAAAUCUAUUCGACAUUAAAGGUUUUGAGAAGGAAGAGAAGCUGAUAAAUUAUGUAAAGUUUGUAAUGGAGCGAGCUGUGGCUUUGAGGAAAAUUCAUCUGCAUGAUAAGGAGAAUUGUAAACAGUGUGGCUGUAUAAAUAAGCAGGCUCCAUCACCAAUCAGUUCCAAGUUUCCAAAUAACGAGGGAGAGAAUAAUUUAAUACGAAGGCUGCUCGCCAAUGGAUCUUCAUCAUCACCCAUAGAGAUCGUUAUAAGAUGAUGUUGUUAAUAAGUCAAUUGCACAUGUGCUUGCAAGACAGUGCUACACCUUCUAUGAUGUAGACUAAAGCUGCACUUGUUACUAGACUGUUCUAUGUUCAGUAUUCAAAACUGAAAUAUUGUAAAACAACUAUGUUAAUAUUUCAAAGUAUAUUGCUGGA